AUGAGCCAGCUUAAGCUUCCGCCCUACCAAAAGAGGAAAAUUAGUCCGUCCGGACGACCUCAAACGCUUAACAUCAGUGGCGGCCUUGCCGCAGCAACUACCAGCAGCAAAAAGUCUCCUCUCGGCUAUGGACUGCAGAGUCCCGAGGAGUCUCCCUCACUUCCGGAUGGUUACGUUCCGCUGCAUAGCCAAGUCGCGGGUCAUGCCUUUCACAAAGGUACCGGAUCGCUAGGUCUGCUCAAGUGUAUCGACGAUGGUUCCGUGUUGAAACCGGCCGCUAAGUUGCUGGCUGGUGCACGGGAGCUAAAGUUCUACCAACAGAUCGAAGCAGCCGAUGCUAAGCAGAAGGAGUUGCUGCUAUUACGCCAGGUGAUACCACAGUUUCGUGGUCAUCUGCAGCUACCGGUUAAUGGGGAGCUGUUGGAGUUCCUGAAGCUUGAAGACCUGACCCAGGGCAUGCUGGAACCGUGCAUUAUGGACAUCAAGAUCGGUCGUCGGUCAUGGGAUCCGAUGGCGACGGAGGAAAAGCGUAACUACGAGGCAUCCAAGUACGUCGAGAGCCGUGAAGCGUACGGUUUUUGCAUACCGGGGUUUCAGGUCCAUUCGCUGCAGCAGAGCGGUCGGCUGCUUCGCUACGGCAAGGAGUACGGCAAAAAACUAAACGUCGUCACUGUAAAGGAUGCGUUUCGCAAAUUUCUAAAUGCCGAUCAAGGUUUCUGUCGGCAGCAGUUGAUCCUUUUCCUCACGGAUCUCUGGAACAUACAGAAGUGGGCACGAACGCAAACUUCGUACCGUCUUUACGCUAGCUCGGUGCUGCUUAUAUACGAUGCACGACGCUUGAAACCGGUGCUCCAGCAUGCCGGUAAACGAUCGCCAAGAAGCCCUGCGGCUGUCUACACACCUACCACACCGCCUACACCGGUGCUGCAGCGUAGUGGUAGCACCGGUACACCUGCCACAACCCCUACCUUCUCUACGACGUCCGUUAACGAGCUGGGCGAUGUGGAACCGCUGCAGCACUACUUCAAGAUCCAGCGAAGUCAUUCCACCAAUCAUAACUAUGAUGAGGAUAUUAAGGUAAUGAAGCAAAAUUAUACCUUCAUGUUGGACAACCUUGUUGGCUCGUACGAGGAGAAAAUCUGGGCCAAGGCGCGAAUGAUCGACUUUGCGCACACGUUCCCGGCACAGGCACAGUCCACCAACGAACGGCCCACGGUUGACCACAACUACCUCGAGGGCAUUGAUAAUUUGGUGAAGCUGUUCGAGGGUUUCCUGCGUGAUUGUGAAAUUCAAAACGCUCCACCGCGGCUGGCACUGAGCUGA